UAGCCGACGGGAGCACAUCGAGCACAGCCUGCUCCCCCCCACCUUUUACGCUGACUGCACCAAAAAGCCACAACAAGAGGAUUUCCCGCCACUGGAGCAGGAUUUCCUUUUUCGGAAUCACUGGAAGUUCUUCUUCUAACUCUGCUUCGGAAGCUGCGGCAUGGCUGAAGCGGCCCUGGGUGGACACCCUGGGACCAGGAUGGGUCUUCUGUGGGCUCUGCUGACCCUCCUCAACCACGUGGGGGCUUUCAACCUGGAUACUACUCACAUGUUGCACAAGCUGGGAGACCGUGGGACCUUUUUUGGCUUCUCUCUCGCCCUACACAAGCAGCUCACCCCCGAGCCUCACAACUGGAUCCUGGUUGGGGCGCCACAGGCCGCAGGCCGGGGUGUGCUGCGCGGCAGUCGACCAGGAGCCCUGUUUAAGUGUCCUAUUACACCUGAGGAUUAUGACUGUGUCAGGGUGGAUAUAGACGGUGAAGUGAGUCUAAACAGGGAGAACAAAGACAACCAGUGGCUGGGAGUUACUGUCAAGAGCCAGGGCAUUGGGGGCAAGGUGGUGACCUGCGCUCACCUAUACGAGCUCAGGCAACGCGUGCACCAACCCUCCGAGACGCGCGAUCCCAUCGGACGCUGCUACGUCCUGAGCGAAGACCUGACCGAGCGAGAUGAACUGGACGGAGGAGAGUGGAAGUUCUGCGAGGGUCGGCCGCAGGGUCACGAGCAGUUCGGCUUCUGCCAGCAGGGUCUUUCUGUCAGUUUCACCCCGGACAACAACUUCAUAUUGUUUGGGGCUCCUGGGACGUACAACUGGAAAGGUGAAAUGCGCGUGCAGCUGCUAAACCAGACGCUGCUUGAACUCGGCUUCUUUGACGACGGACCCUAUGAGGUGGCGGAUCAGAAACAACGUAAUGCCCGGCUCAUCCCUGUGCCCUACCACAGUUACCUGGGCUUCUCUGUGGACUCGGCCAUGGGAAUAAUGAGGCUCGGUGAGCUGACCUUUGUGGCGGGUGCACCGCGGGCUAAUCACACGGGGGCCGUGGUGCUGCUACGCAAGGACAACGUUUACCGGCUAGUGCCCGAGCACAUUUUCUGGGGAGAGGAGCUCGCGUCUUCCUUCGGCUACUCGGUGGCGACCACCGAUCUGAACAAUGAUGGCUGGACUGACCUGAUCGUGGGAGCUCCCAAUUUCUUUGACCGCAAGGCAGAGAUCGGCGGCGCCGUCUAUGUGUACCUGAACCCUUUUGGUCACUGGGACGAUCAGGCCCGGCCCAUCCGUCUCAAUGGAACGUACGACUCCAUGUUUGGCAUGACGGUCAGCAACAUAGGCGAUCUGGACCAGGACGGAUAUGGAGACAUCGCCGUUGGCGCUCCAUUCGAUGGGGACGGCAAGGUGUUCAUCUUCAGAGGUUCGGAUGCAGGAAUUGAAACCAAACCAGCCCAGGUGCUUGAUGGGGCAGACUUUGACGUGAAGCGUUUUGGAUACUCCAUCUCAGGUGGCCUGGACGUGGAUGAGAACCACUAUCCAGACAUCGCUGUGGGCUCGCUCAAUAAUUCAGUUGUGCUCUUCAGGUCUCGUCCAGUCAUCCACGUGAUUCGGGAAAUAUCCAUUGAGCCGCAAUACAUCGAUAUGGCCCAGCAAAACUGUAAGGGCCGAGAUGGCGUUUGCAUCGAGGUCAAGACCUGCUUCGUCUACACGGCCCACCCGGUGCACCACUCGCCACAUAUAACCCUGGUGGUGCGCUUCGAAGCCGACUCGGAGCGCAGGAAGCUGGGCCUGCCGCACCGCGUCAACUUCCUGGGCCGCAGCUCCCUGGAGCCGGAGUACACGCAGACUGAGGAGGUGGACCUGCAUCGCCAGAAGCACCCGGCGUGCACCACCGCGACCUUCCAGCUCCAUGAGAACAUCCGGGACAAACUCCGGCCCAUCUCUUUGGCAAUCACCCACACCAUCAAAGAUGUGCCCCCCCACAUCCAUUCUCCAGCCGUGGGGCUGGUAAAAUUGGCUCCCGUGCUCAACAUGUCGCCCUCCAACACGAUGAACUCAGAGGUGAACUUCCUGCGCGAGGGAUGCGGGCCGGACAAAAUCUGCCAGAGCAACCUGAAGCUGAGCUACCGCUUUGGAACGCGACCUCCGACCUCUGACCUGUUCACCCCCCUGCCAAAGGACCAGGAUGACGUGCAGGUGUUCUCCUUGUCCGACCAGCGCCUGGUGGUCUUGGAGAUCACCGUCACCAAUACGCCCUCCGACCCGCUGCGCCCCGAGGAGGACGGCGAUGACGCCCACGCCGCCCAGCUGCUCAUCUCCCUCCCGAAAACGCUCUCCUACGCCGGCUCCAGGGUGCCCGCUCAGAUGAGGUGUCAGGCCAACCAAAAUGGCUCCGAUGUAGAAUGUGACCUGGGAAAUCCCCUGAAAAGAAACACCAAGUUAAAAUUCUCCAUCAACUUGAGCACUGCCAACAUCACCAUAGAAACCACUGAAUUGACCGCCGACCUCCAAAUGACAACCAUCAGUGAGCAGCCUAACCUGGCACCAAUCACAGCGAUAGCUAAGGUUGUGAUAGAGCUCCCUCUGUCGGUCAGCGGGCUGGCUCGUCCUCACCAGCUGUUCUUCAGCGGUGCCGUGAAGGGCGAGAGCGCCAUGAGCGAUCUGGAGGACAUCGGCAGCCCUGUGGACUUUGAGUUUGUGGUGGCCAAUCCUGGCCAAGCUCUGCAAACACUUGGCUCCGCCUUCCUCAACAUCAUGUGGCCCUACGAGCUGGCCAAUGGCAAGUGGCUCCUGUACCCGGCGAGCCUGGAUUUUGACGGUCAUUUGGCAUCCCACUGUACUCCGUCAGAGGUUAUCAACCCUUUAAAUCUGCGUGGACACUCGUCUGCGCAACCUGCCAAUGAAACGCAAGCCGGACGAUCACGCCGCUCCCACCCGGAUCUCGAAGGCCAAGAGACCAGCGGGAGCACCGUGAGACGAACCUCUCCGGCCGUGGCGGCUUCCGAGAGGCGCAAGUCACUCAAGCUGGAUUGUCUCUUGGGGUCAGCGCGCUGCGUGCUAUUGCAGUGCCCCCUCCACAGCUUCUCUGGACAGGCCGUUCUCACGAUCCACGGCAGGUUGUGGAACAGCACUUUCCUUGAGGAGUUCCCAGCAGUCAGCGCUCUGGAGCUGCUGGUCAGAGCAGAAAUCACCGUCAAGUCCACCAUCAAACAUCUGCUCCUGAGGGAUGCGUCAGCUCAGGUUCCUGUGAUGAUCUAUCCCGAGCCCGGUCUUGUGGAUCAGUACUCAAUCCGUUGGUGGAUCAUCCUCAUCGCCGCCCUGGCGGGGAUCCUCCUGCUAACGCUUCUGGUCUGCAUACUGUGGAAGUGUGGUUUCUUCCAACGGGCCCAGCUCAAAGACAAACUGCCUCAGCACCACGCGGUGAAAAUCCCCCGCCAGGAGCGGCCCCAGUUCCAGACUGAGAAAUCCGACGUCCAUAAAAAGGAAUGGGCCACGCACUGGAGUGACGGAACUUCAUAACACCCCCCCCCCGCCCCCUGCAACACCCCUCCCCCUUUUGAGCGUACCAACG